AUAUCGAUGCCUGAUACGCCCGGGCCCGCGGUUGCUAGAGUCACCAGAGACCCUCAGUAGUAAAGUCGGACUCGGUCAGACGUAUCCUCACCGCCAGGUUAUUUAAUCCUCAUCACAGACUCUUUACUCUUAUUUUUUCUUUCCCCCGUUAUAUAUUAUUAUUUCAAAACUAUCGGACUACAUAUAUAUCUUAAACUGUUUAAGUGAGGUUUACUUUUUUUUCUAAAUAUUUUAUAAAUAUCUUAGUGUUGUGCUGCUGAUCCGGCUACUAGUUACAAUAAUAAUAAUAAUAAUAUUAAUAAUUAGAGAUCAUUGUUUUACGCUAUUUAUCAAUAUAUUUGUAGAAGUUGUAUCUAUAUACUUACUAAACAAAUACAACAAGGCUUUUAAAAUUCAGCAUGAAAAUUAAAAGCGAUACAAGGCGUGUCUCCGGUGAAUUAAACCUUGAAAAAUUGCUCGAUGUUUAUUAGAGUAGUCUGUAGUGGUCGUCAUCGUCCCAAAUUAAUUAAAAAUAAAUAGUAGAGUAAAAUUGGAGAAUUGGAGGAUUAUAAAGAGAAGAAGAACAAGAAGAAGAAGAAGAAGAAGAAGAAGAGGCGGUGGUAGACGGGAGUCACAGAGUAACGGAGGGAGUCACGGGGUAAGUAAGUAAAGGUGAGGGGAUGCAGUGCGAAGGGGUGGCGGCAUGGACGAGCCCUCGGUGGAGGCUCUUAUGCAGGCGAGCCUCAUCUUCGUCGUCGGCGUCGCCAUCAUUCUCUCUAAUCUUCUCAUUAUCGCGACUUUCCUCAACUUUCGAGGUCCCUCCGAGGUGAUAAAAUACUAUCUGUUAUCACUGGCAACAGCAGAUCUAUUCUGUGGUCUGCUUGUUGUCCCGCUCUCCAUAUACCCAGCUCUCGUUCGAAGAUGGGUAUACGGGGACGUUGUCUGUCGACUUGUCGGCUAUCUUGAAAUUACUCUUCUGGCAGUCUCUGUUUACACCUUUAUGUGGAUGUCUGUUGAUCGUUAUUUGGCUAUUAGGAAACCUCUGCGUUACGAGACUGUCCAAACAAAAACAAGAUGCCAGUGCUGGAUGGCCUUUACGUGGAUAAGCGUUGCAAUGAUGUGCUGUCCGCCUCUUCUGGGGUUCAACAAACCAAUUUUCGACCGCGAAGCCUUCAUCUGCAUGCUUGACUGGGGUAACAUGGCAGCCUACACUAUAACCCUUUCAAUUCUGGUACUUGGACCGUCGGUAAUAACAAUCGUCUACACCUACACCUACAUAUUCUCAAUGAUGAGAAGGUUAAGAUCUGGUGUUCCGAUCCACGACAAGGAAUACGCCACCGCGUUGUCAGAAAAUCUCAGCAAUCCAAGUCAUAUAAUGUCUUUUGUUCUGGUUAUGGCAUUCUGGCUGUCAUGGGCACCUUACGCUGGCCUCAAAAUUUAUUCUACUGUUAAUGGACCUCCUCAGGUUCCAUUUCUCCAAUUUGCUGUCGUAUGGUUUGGUAUUUUAAAUUCUUUUUGGAAAGCAAUUAUUCUCGGAACACUGAGUCCUCAAUUUCGUUUAGCGGCUCGUGUUUUAUGUCUCACGCUUUGCUGUAGGCAUAGAAGAUUACCACCAGAGCUUUUGGGCCUCGACGAUGAUGACUAAUAAUUAUUAUUAAUAAUAAUAACACAUAUAUAUAUAUAUAUAUAUAUAUUUACGACAAUGUACUAUCUCGCGCGCGCAAUCCUAUGUAGAAAACAAAAAACUUAGAAAAAAAAUUAUUAAUUAAAUAAUUAAAUAAUUUAAAUAAUAGAAAAUUAAUAAAUUAAAGGAAAGUAUAAACCGUAAAAGAUUCAAUCACUCAAAUAUGGAAAUCUUGGAAAACAACUAAACAAUUACUCGUAUUUACUCAAUGAUAACAACAACAACAACAUAAAUAAAGGAACAACUUGAACUUUGCUUAUUAAUUACUGUAGAUAAAAAAAUUUAAUCAAAAUAAUAUAAUUUUGCGUUGCGUUUUUUCGUUACGCUGAUAAUAAUAAUAAUCAUAAUGAUAUUUCCAUUGACACGUGAAUGAUUAAUGAUGAAUGGUUUAAAAUUAAUAUUAUUAUUAUGUAGUAAAUAUUUAUUAUUAUUAUUAUUAACAUUAAAUAAUAACAAACGAGAUUUAGAUAAAGUAAAUUUUUGAUCACUAUAUUAUACUUAAUAUAUUUAAUAAUUAAUAAUUAAUAAUUAAUAACGCAUUAGCGCAAAAAUAAUCUCGUUUCGCUCAAUUUUAGAGUUUAUCAAUAAAUAAAAACAAAAAAAAAGUAAAAUUUAAUCGUCAGUUAAUGCGCGUAAGGAGCGUGCGCGAGUUUUAAUCUCAAAAAAUAAUAGAGCGAGAUAAAAAUAACAAAAAAAAAUACACGUUUAAUAAUCGUUGCCUAUUUAUGUCGUAAGAACACGCUCAAUAAAUGUUAUAGCGAGCUAAAAGAAAUAAUAAAUAAAUAAAAUAGUCAAUUAACGUGCAAUGCCUGAAAGAGUGUCACGUAUUUAAAAAUGAAAACAAAAAACAAAGCGAUUAAAAAUUUUCAAUCAUAAUAAAUAAAUGAUACGCAAAUUAAUAAACAAUAAGAAACACCAUUUACACCAUUCCGAUACUUAUUAUUAUUAUUAUUAUUAUUCUUUGAAUAAUAAAAUAAACUAAAUAUGCUUUCUAUAAUAUGCAUUUAACUAAAUAUAAUUAGUUAAUUAAUUAAAAUAUAUAUACUUGUUCUGAUAAUAUUAAUCAGUCAAUAUAAUUAUGCAUGAAUUAAUUAACUAUAUAUAUAUAUACAUAUACUAUAAUAUAUAUUCAAUUAUUAAUCUAUAUAACUAACUAACUAACUAAUUAACUAUAAGACAAAUGCAACUUCGAUGAGUAUUAAAAAAACAACAACAACAAUUGUUCAUUUUACAUAAAAACGAGUAUUAUAAGUAUUUAAGAUCUAUAAACAUUAACCAUAAGUAAUAAUGAUAAAUAAUGAUUAAGGAUUAACGAUUUAUAUAGUUUAUAAGUAUUUAUUUAGUAAAACUAAAACUAUUAAAGCAGCUUGGCUAUCUUUAAUAAAACUUUUACGAGUUCGUCUCUUGCUUGGCUAACUUUUACCCACGAGUAAAUUAUUAUUAUUAAAGUUUAUCAAAUAAGCUGAGUGUGCAUGGAUUUAUAUCUAACAUUAGAUUUCUCGUAAUUAUGUAACAAAAGUAAUAUUAAUCUUAGCAUACAUAUAUAUUAAAUAUAAUAAUAUUAUGUUAAAGGUUAAUAUGAAUACAUAGAAAAACUAGUUAUAUUAUUAUGCAAGAGUGAAGCCGAGUAAUAGACGUUACUCUAUUCAAAAUAAUACUGGUGGUCAUCUCAGUAACACUUGUUAUUAUUAUCUAAUUAUAAUAAUAAUAAUAAUAAUAAUAAUAAUUAUUAUUAUGGAAAAUGAUUUUUUAAAAUCAUGAAUGGUGUUAAAUAGAAAAUUUAAUGCGUAGCGCAAUCAACAACAGUCGCAAGACCCAACAAUAAUACUUACAAAGAAAAAAGAAAUAUCUCUACGAAAAACUAAUGAACAAAUAAAUUUACAAACAAGAGAUUUUUACCGAUCUAUACAAAUGAAAAAAAAAAGAAAAAAGUGUUUAAUCAAGAAAUUGAGUCAAAU